AUCUUGCGUUCCACGACCGUAAUCUUGACAGUGUUUCACAUUGAGUUUAUACCGCAAGAAAAGUUAUUGCACUUAGUGUGUAGCAUUCAACGUCGAAGCACGGUAAUACGAGCAUUUUACGAGACGUGGUUUGAAAUUACUUUCUGGCUUGCAUUCCAUUUCGUAUGAGCACUCCUUCUGUCAGUCGGCUGGGGUAGGUGGGGUCACAAAGAGCCAAGAUGGCUGACUUUGAGGAGCCGCUGUCAGAUGACGAAAAGGUUCGCAUAGCGGCCAACUUUGUGACCCAUGCCCCCCCCGGAGAGUUCAAUGAGGUCUUCAAUGAUGUGCGGCUUCUUCUCAACAACGACAAUCUCCUUAGGGAGGGGGCAUCACACUCCUUUGCCCAGUACAACAUGGAUCAGUUUACUCCUGCCAAACUAGAGGGUUACGAUGAGCCGGUCCUGAUUACCGAGCAUGGUGACUUGGGCCAGGGACGUUUUCUGGACCCACGCAACCGUCUGGUGUUCCGCUUUGACCACCUGCGAAAGGAGGUGAGCGACGUGCAGCCAUAUGAGGGAGAGACACCCUUGAGAAGCUGGAGAGAGGCCUGUGAUACUUCCCUUAGUGCCUAUGUCAAAGAGCACUACCCAACUGGAGUCUGCACGGUAUAUGGGAAAACCGUUGAUGGUCAGCAAACAAUCAUAGCCUGUAUUGAAGGACAUCAGUUUCAACCCAAGAACUUCUGGAAUGGUCGCUGUAGGUCAGAGUGGAAGCUUACCAUCGGUCAGUCCACUGCUCAGGUGGUGGGAGUGUUGAAAAUCCAGGUGCACUAUUAUGAAGAUGGGAAUGUGCAGCUGGUUAGCCACAAGGAAGUAGAGGAAUCAAUACCAGUGACUAAUGAAAGCCAGACCACCAAGGAAUUUGUUGACAUUAUUGAGAACGCAGAAAAUGAUUACCAGACUGCAAUCAGUGAGAACUAUCAGACCAUGUCCGACACCACCUUUAAGGCUCUGCGUCGGCAGCUUCCCGUCACACGCACAAAGAUCGACUGGAACAAGAUACUGAGUUACAAAAUUGGCAAGGAGAUGCAGAAUGCCUAGUGGGGGGUCACACACACACCACUAGAACCUGCAUAUACAUGGGCAAGGAAUAACCAAAGCAAAGCGAGAACAGUAUGGGGCAAGGAAUUAAUUUAAAAACAAAGUAUAACUGAAGAUCUACACACUGUAAGGCACUCAUAUCCCCGCUGUAAGGAAGUUGCGGUUACGAAGAGGAAAGUGGUUACUUCUUGGUGUGUGUUGUGUAGGGUCAGUGUGCAGGGCUGUGCUCAGGACUGCUACAUUUAUUUAAAAAAAAAAAAAAAAUCUGCCGUAUAAGUAAUCUUAAGACUUUCUGAGAUUCAUGUGUCAGAAGUCCCAAUAGUUUUCCUUAGUUAGACUCAUGCAGGACUGUGAUCAUUCAGCUGUGGACAGCUCAGCACUCUGAGUGAAGGAGCAGAAAGGCACAACACGUCUGAUAUGAGAAAUCAAGCACACCAUCACACAUCGGGGUCUGAUUUAAGACGGGGAAAUGGGAAUUUUUGUUCAAGUUUUGGUUCCAUUGAGGAUAUCGUGCAUGGUAGGAUUGUACAUCUGAGGAUUCUGUAGAAUUGGGAUACUGACAGGAAAAAUCAAUAGCAGUCAUUUGACGUUGUAACUCGUAACAAACUUAGUGAUGCGUAACUGUAACCUGUUAGUGAAGUUAUACGUUGCUAAUGAAAUGGCCAGUAUUUCUACCUGUUAACAUUCAGGAGUGGCACCAUCCUCAGCAUAGCUCUGUCUCUACGCUGUAAAACCUGUUUGUCGGUGGCUGUAAGGCCCAAGAGAGUGUUCCCUUGUUUUCUGUUGUGUUUCACUGAUGUGUCUCCACCCAUGCAAGCAAUGAUGACUGAAUUAAGAUAAAGCAACUUCCAUGCUGUUGCAUCUUUAAUGCAUUCUCUGUUCUGUUACUUUGGCAACACCACCUACAUUGCUGUACAGCUCUUCCUCUGUGAAAGGAAAACAAACUCAUAUUAACCAAGAUUUAUUUGCCAAAAUGUCUUUCCUAUGGUAAAGAACUCCAUCCUCACAUGUAUGCAAAUUUCUAUUUUAAUAUGCUGGUUUUUGUUGUCUUAGAAUAUUGCUCUUAACUGUAACAAACUGUAGUGGUCAACGCUAAGCGAAUGCAAAGCAGUUGCCAUGGAAGGCAAGAUACUAUAUUUGACUCAUGACACGUGGAAGGCCAUAUGAUACCGUUUGUUACACGUUACAUUAUGUCGAAGAAGGCUGACGCCGGAUCGGUUGCUUGUUAGCUAUACAAUGUGCAGUGUUCCACCCUCACUAUAGUACAACUGUGUGCCGCUCAGUUAUAAAGUUUAAGACUGUACUGCCCCAUUCUGUUGUAAAAUAAAUGGAUUAAAAAUCCUUGCUAGAUUGUAA